AUGGAUAAUGGAACAGAGUUUACAAAUUCUAAGUUUCGAGAGUUUUUGAAUGGUCUCGAAAUCCGUCAAAUCUUUGCCUCAGUUGAACACCCUCAUGCAAAUGGACAAGCAGAAGUCGCAAACAAAGUAAUUCUACAAGGAUUAAAAAAGCGCUUAGAUGAUUCACUGGGAUCUUGGGCUGACAAAUUAUGGUUGAUACUUUGGUCAUACCAAACUAUGACUCAAUCCUCCACUAAAGAAAUGCCAUUUAGGCUAACUUAUGGUGAACAAGCAGUAAUCCCAGUAGAGGUUGCCAAACCUAGUCCAAGAAUGCUCCUAGGAAGAUCAGAAAAUCAUGAAAACAUGGACCUAGUUGACGAGGUCAAGGUUGUAGCUAACUUAGCUGAACAAGCUUUAAAACAAACCGUGGCAAAGAGGUACAAUAGAAAAGUCAAACCUAGAAGCUUCCAACCAGGGGACUUAAUGUUGAAAUAG